GAAGAAACUAUAAUUUUAUUAUUAUUCAUGAAUUCUGGCGGUUAUUAGAGGAUGGGAGAAGACGGUGUGCUACAGCGGCUGUGUAAUAUGAAGGCUUUAUUGGGCAUUUUAGCAGGAGCGGGAGCCUCGUACGGACUGUAUAAACUGUUACUGCGCAGCCGCAGUGAGAAUAAUGUGAAGAGAAACAGAAGGAAACAUGAAGAAAGUGUAAAUAUACAACCAGGGACUCUUCUCUCCAAAGUUUCUGCUUUUAAUGUCGUUACUAAUACUGUUAGUAUGAAUCUGACAACAGAAAGGACCUCAGGUGAACUUCUUUCCAAAUCUCCAGGUAGUUUGGAGCCUCGGCACCUAGGCAUGCUUCUUUCUCUUUUGCAGAGCAGCCCGAACCCAACAGAGAGGCGAGAAGUCCUUGUUACUUUAGGAAACUCUGCUGCUUUCACAGUAAACCAGGAUCUUCUUCGUGAAUUUGGAGGCCUUCAUAUUAUUGCUGGCUUUUUGUCUGACCCUGACCCUGAAACAAGAGUGCAGACACUAAACGCCUUGAAUAAUCUGAGCAUGAAUAUCCAGAAUCAAGAGCACUUGAAGGUCUAUGUGCCAACAGUGCUGGAAAUGAUUGAGAUGUCUCCAGUGAAUUCGGAUCUUCAGCUGGCAGCACUGCGACUACUGACGAACUUGACUGUGACAGAUAACCAUCAGCAUCUGUUAAAGAGCUCAAUUACUCUCCUUCUAUCACUAGUUGUAGUGGGCAAUGAUGCACUUCAGAUCCAGGUUUUGAAGGUUCUAGUGAAUUUAUCAUCUAAUCCAAAUAUGAUUGAUGACAUAGUACAAGCACAGGCUCCUGCUUCUCUGGUGCUCCUCUUUGAUUCCUCUACAAGCACAGAAGUUCUGCUCCGCCUGUUAGUGUUUGCAGGGAACUUGCUGGCCUGGAGACCAUCUGCACAGGUGGCUGAAGCUCUGAGGAGGCGACCAGACUCUCUGUACUGUGUGCUGCUGGACAGCUGCUCACAGUUACACAGCAGACUUCCUCUACUCCUCUCCCACAGUGAUGGAGAGGUCAAAACACAGGUGGCACGGCUCCUCACCUAGCCUAACCGCUAAACAUCCCUAGGAUAUCCCUUGCCUGACCAGUGCACUUAAAACAUAUGGGUGUUUCUCCCAAACCAGUUAUUAAUAGAUUAAUAUGGGUCUAUAUAAAGUGAUACUUGAACAGAAAUCUUUUUCAAAAGCUUUAGUAUGACUUUCAAGUUUUACAGUAAAGCUUUUUCUGUAUUGUCCACAGAUAUCAUAGCCAUUAGUAGCCAUAUUCCAGGAAAUCUUGCUCUGUUGGGCAGGAAUUUCAAUCCUGUCUCCAUAUCACUCAAAGCAACACCAGGCAAUCUUGGGUAUGUGAGCUUAUUCGAACUGUUAUACACUGAAACCCUAGCCUGUUUUGAAUUAGGGAUUACUGAACACUUUGCUUGUUGAUAUUAAUAAUAGGGCAAGUUUUAGCCUAGUGGUUAAGGUACUGGACUAGUAAUCAGAAGGUUGCUGAUUCAAGCCCCACCACUACCAGGUUGCUGCUGUUGGGCCCUUGAGCAAGGCCCUUAACCCUCAAUUGCUCUGUAUACUGUAACUGUAAUGUAAGCUUUGGGUAAAGGCGUCUGCUGAAUGCCGAAAUUGUAAAUGUAAUAAGGCCAACAUGAGUUUAUCUCCAAAUUCAAAGCAAUGGGCUUAUCAAUACUAGCUUAGUGUAUGGAACUUUGUUAUCUCAACUGCCCCUUAGUUCGGCAGUCGAAAAGCAGAUGUCAAUUUCUAAAUUCUAAACCAGGUUUCUCUGGCAGCAUUGGGCUUCCUGGUGCACCUUGUUUUUUUUGUGCAGACACCAAAUCCCAGCCAGUACAAGCAGUGUAUUUCAAUCUUUGUGUAUGUUUUUUGGUCAGGAGUAUUAAAUCACUAUUUUACUCACAUACAAAUGUGGAUAAGAGCCCUGAACCAAGCUAGAAAAAUGGAGCCCAUGUGCUUAGUCAAAAAAAUGCAGUUGCGCUACAACCACUCCAGAUGUAAGUAAGACCAAAAGAGUUUAAAAUCGAUGUCACGUAUAGAUGCUGUCUAAUAGUAUUAGUACCCUUCACUGACUGUAAAACUAAGGCAUUCUUCUUUGACAGUGCAUAAGAAGUAGUCAGCGAAGCAUGUUGAUCUACCCAUCAGUGUUGCAUGAGCUACAGCUGAAGCAGUUAACUGUCUUCACUUGUUGAAGGAAGCAUGUACCAGACCUGACCCUCCCAGACUGAUAGCUGUUGUUUGACAGGGUGAGGUAGGAAUUUGCAAUGACUAAACUGGGGGAAAUAGUUUAAAAUAAGCAUAGCUUUACUGUUAGCUAGAAGAAAAGGUUUCUGUGCCAAUUAAAAGAGAGUCUUUUUUGGAAUUUACUUUAGUGCCUGUACCACUCAGGCUUUGUCACAGUGGAUGGUGUUUGCUUAGUGAAUGCCCUUUAAGAGGUGUCUCACAUUUCCCCACAUUUAAGGCUCACAUUUCCACUGCCAAAAUAUUUUAUACCUGUGAAUGUUUCACUUAAGUUCCAUAAUAUACAAAGUGCUUCCUUUUCUGGUCCAGCUUAAGAAAAGACUGUACUGUGUGGUUGCUAAUGCACUGCCUUUGUGACAGACGUCAGACAGGUUUAAUUUCUCCUGUGAUAUUUCAUAUUUUUUUGCAUUUUAUGAAAAGUGUUUAACCUUAUGCUGCGAUAUGCAACUUAUGUAAUUUAAGGGCUUUUUUUUCUUGUAACUGUACUUCCAAAGCCGGAAAUAAAUAUGCAUUGUAGUUGUGUAUUUCAAUGCAUGUAUUGUAUCUGCUGCUGCCUCUGCUAGUAGUGUGUUGUGUUGUGCGUAGUAUCUGCAUACAAAUUCAACCUAAUUUUUUUGACUUUUUAAAAAGAGAAUUCUUGUAAGCUUUUAAAAUUUAAAAAUGGAUUGCUUGCUGUUUUGGUGAUUUUAAUUUAUUUUUACUAAAAUGUAAUAAAGUGUUUAAAAAUAAAACUU